CUGGAUCGGGAGAACCGCUCGCAUUACACGCUGCGGCUGGAAGCGUACGACGGCGGGGCCCCCCCGCGGCGGGCCCAGGCCCUGCUGGACGUGACUCUGGUGGACAUCAAUGACCACGCACCUGCCUUCAACCAGAGCCGCUACCGGGCCGUGGUGUCGGAGAGCCUGGCCCCGGGGAGCCCCGUCCUGCAGGUGUUUGCCGCCGACGCCGACGCCGGGGCCAACGGGGCCGUGACCUACGAGAUCAAUCGGCGCCAGAGCGACGGCGACGGCCCCUUCUCCAUCGACGCCCGCACCGGGCUGCUGCGGCUCGAGCGGCCGCUGGACUUUGAGCAGAGGCGCGUGCACGAGCUGGUGGUGCAGGCCCGGGAUGGCGGCGCCCACCCCGAGGUGGGCUCGGCGUUCGUCACGGUGCACGUGCGUGACUCCAACGACAACCAGCCCACCAUGACCAUCAUCUUCCUCAGCGAGGACGGCUCCCCUCGCGUGUCCGAGGGUGCCCAGCCCGGCCAGCUCGUGGCUCGCAUCUCGGUGUCGGACCCCGACGACGGCGACUACGCGCAUGUCAACGUCUCUCUGGAGGGUGGCGACGGGAAGUUUGCGCUGACCACCCAGGACAGCGUGAUCUAUCUGGUGUGCGUGGCCCGGCGGCUGGACCGAGAGGAGCGAGAUGCCUACGAGCUGCGGGUCACGGCCACCGACGCCGGCACCCCUCCGCUGCGCGCCGAGGCCGCCUUCGUCCUGCACGUCACUGACGUCAAUGACAACGCACCCGUCUUCGAGCGCCCGCUCUACCAGCCCGAGCCUCUCCCGGAAGUGGUGCUCCCGGGCAGCUUCGUGACCCGAGUCGCUGCCCGGGACCCUGACCAGGGCCCCAAUGGCCACGUGGCCUACAGCAUCAUGCCUGGGACCCAUGCUCAGUGGUUCGCCAUUGACGCCGUGACAGGAGUCAUUACCACGGCCGCCCCGCUGGACUACGAGCUUGAGCCACGGCCGCAGCUCACGGUGCUGGCCACCGACGGGGGACAGCCUGCCUUGUCUUCAACAGCAGUGGUCAGCGUGGUCCUGCAAGAUGUGAACGACAAUGAGCCCGUGUUCAAGAGGACCUUUUACAACGCCUCCCUCCCUGAGGGCACAGCCCCUGGCACUUGCUUCCUACAGGUGACUGCUACAGAUGCAGACAGCGGCCCCUUUGGACUCCUUUCCUACUCUUUGGGAGCCGGGCUUAGCUCCAUAGGUCCUCCGCCAUUCCAGAUUGAUUCCCUCACUGGAGAGGUGUGCACAUCCCGAAGCCUCGACCGUGAUCAAGGACCCCCCAGCUUCGACUUCACUGUCACUGCUGUGGAUGGGGGUGGCUUGAAGUCACUUGUGUAUGUCAAGGUAUUUGUGUCAGAUGAGAAUGACAACCGGCCUGAAUUCUACCCAAGGAUAUAUGCAGCCAGUGUGAGCACCCAAAGCCCACCAGGUACGGCUGUGCUGAGGGUCAGUGCACAUGACCCUGACCAGGGUCCCCACGGCACCCUCACCUACCGCAUCCUAGCUGGGAACAGCCCACCACUCUUCGCUCUGGACAAGGACUCAGGGCUAGUGUCCGUGGCCUGGCCUCUUACUGGACGGGCUGACUCUGUGCAGCAGCUGGAGAUUGGAGUCCAGGAUGCUGGUGGCCUUCGAGCUGAGCCCAACGCCCAGGUCAACAUCAGCAUCAUCUCUGGGCCUCUUGCACCUCCAGUCUUUGAGCAAGCACAAUAUGUCUUCUCUGUGCUUGAGGAUGUGCCUCUGGGAACCAAUGUGGGCACCAUACGGGCACGCCACCCCCCAGGCCGCCCAGGCUCUGUGGCCCUCACGCUGUCUGGGGGAGACCCACAGGGCCUCUUCUCCCUGGAUGGAGUGUCAGGACUGCUGCGGACACGGCGGCCGCUGGACAGAGAGCGCCUGGGACCGGUGCUGGAGUUGGAGGUGCGUGCGGGCAGUGGGGCUCCCCCAGCCUUUGCCCUGGCCCGAGUUCGAGUGUUGCUGGAGGACGUGAAUGACAACGCGCCUGCCUUCCCUUCACCUGCGGACACUGUGUGGCUGCCUCCAGAUGCUGGCCCGGGCACACCUGUGUACACGCUGCGGGCAUCUGAUCCCGACACUGGCACCAACGGCCAUGUCACCUUCGCUUUAGUGGCUGGGGGAAAAGGAACAUUUGCCGUGGACCCUGCCACAGGCCAUGUGCAUCUGGUGAGGCCCCUGGGUGGUCUGGCUCACGAGCUAGAGCUGGAGGCGCGUGACGGCGGCUCGCCCCCCCUGACCAGCCGCUUCCUGCUCCGAGUAGCUGUGCAAGAGUCGGGGUCCAGGGCUGGCGCAGGGACCGACGGAGGGGCCGGAGGAGGGCUUCCCAAGUUUGAUCAGCCUACCUAUGAUGUGGAGCUGUCUGAGAGCACGGCCCCAGGCACCAAGUUCCUGCAGGUGCGGGCACAGGGCCCGAAGGGGGGACCCCCCCUAUCCUACCACCUGCAGUCAGAGAGGGCGGCCGCAGCCUUUGGCCUGGAGUCACGUAGUGGAUGGCUCUGGGUCCGCACGGCCCUGGACCGUGAAGCGUGGGAGGUCUACACAUUACCAGUCCUGGCCGUGGCCGGGGAUGGUCAGGGAAGUCUGACGGCCACAGCCACCGUGCGGGUGAGCGUGCGUGACAGGAACAACCAUGGCCCUCGCCUCACCGAAGAGCCCACCUUCCUGGCUGUGGCUGAGAACCAGCCACCAGGAACCUCAGCGGGCCACAUCACAGCCACUGACCGGGACUCGGGCCCCAACGGACACCUCACCUACCACCUGCUACAGCCACCAGAGGAGAGCGGGGCCUUUCACAUCCACCCACAGACAGGGGAAGUGACCACACGCCGAAGCCUAGAUCGUGAACAGCAGAGCAGCUACCAGCUCCUGGUACAAGUGCAAGAUGGCGGUGUUCCUCCUCGAAGCACCACAGGCACAGUGCACAUCAUGGUUCUGGACCUCAAUGACAACAGCCCAACAUUCCUACAUACCCUGGGAGCAGCUGGUGGGGGGCUUCCUGUGCAGGUGUUGGAAGGCAUCCCUCCUGGAACCCUUGUCACACGCCUACAGGCAAAGGACCCAGAUGAAGGCGAGAAUGGGACGAUCCUGUACAGUGUGACAGGCCCUGGCUCAGAGCUCUUCUUGCUACACCCUCACUCUGGAGAGCUGAGCACAGCCGGACCCCUGAGCCGUUUGGAGAGACCCCACUAUGUGCUGACAGUGAAUGCUCAGGACCAGGGAAGCCCUCCCAGAAGCACCAGUCUCCAGCUGCUCCUGCAGGUGCUGCCCCGGACCAGAUCCCCGGUGGCCCCCGAUGCCUCAGCAGCCCCAGCAGUGCUGACACUAACAGCAGGAGAGGGGCUUCAGCCAGGCUCCCUGCUGGGAUCCGUGGCACUGCCAGGGGCCCCCCAAGGGGUGCUUACCUACACAUUGGUGGGCGGAGGUGACCCUGAGGGCACUUUUGCCCUGGAUGCAGCCACGGGCCAGCUGUACCUGGCCAGACCCCUGGACUUCGAGGCCGGGCCAGCGUGGAGGGCCCUGACGGUGAGGGCCGAGGAGGCGGAUGGGGGUGCUCCAGCUUACCCGGCCGGGCCUCGGCUGCUGCGUGUGGAGCUGCGUGUGGAGGACGAGAAUGAGCACGCGCCCGCCUUUUCCCGUGACCCAUUAACCCUGGCGCUCCCCGAGAACCCACCCCCCGGCGCGGCCAUCUAUACAUUCCAAGCUACGGACGCCGACGGGCCCGGCCCAAACAGCGACGUGCGCUACCGCCUGCUGCGCCAGUCCCCCCCGGCCCCUGCCCUGCACCUGGACCCCCGCACGGGAGCCCUCAGCGCCCCCCGGGGCCUAGACCGCGAGACCACCCCAGCCCUGCUCUUGCUGGUGGAGGCCACGGACCAGGCCCGCAAUAGCAGCCUGCGCCGCAGCACGCGGGUCUCGGCGAGGGUCUUCGUGACGGACGAGAAUGACAACGCACCGGCCUUCGUCUCGCCCCCUGCGGCCCUGCUGCCCGAGGACCAGCCGGCGGGCUCCGUGGCCCUCUACGUGGUGGCCCGGGACCCGGACCUGGGGGAAGCCGCGCGCCUCUCCUACCAGCUCGCCGGUGGCAGCGGCGACGGGCACUUUCACUUGCACCCGAGCAGCGGUGCGCUGUCUGUGGCUCGGCCCCUAGACCGGGAGCAGCGGGCAGAACACACCCUGACCGUGGUGGCCUCCGACCACGGCUCCCCUCCUCGAUCGGCCACUCAGCUGCUGACCGUCAGCGUGCUUGAUGUCAACGACGAGGCUCCCACCUUCCCCCAGGCGGCCUACCACGUCCGUGUGUCUGAGAACCGUCCGCCGGGCACCGCUGUGCUCACUCUGCGCGCCACCGACCCCGACUUGGGUGUGAAUGGACGAGUGACCUACGGUGGCGUCUCUGGUGACACCUUCUCCCUGGACCCCAGUACCGGAGUCCUCACGACUCGACGGGUCCUGGACCGAGAAGAGCAGCAGGAGAUCAGCCUGACUGUGUAUGCCCAAGAUGGGGGCUCGCCACCCCUGCUGAGCCAUGUCUCAGUGCAUGUGACCGUGGAGGAUGAAAACGACCACGCGCCAGCCUUUGGGAGCUCCCCCCUCUCCCUGGAGGUUCCUGAGGGCCAGGAUCCCCAGACACUGACCGUGCUUCGGGCUUCAGACCCCGACGCUGGCCCCAAUGGGCAGAUUAACUAUCAAAUACUGAAUGGUGACCCAUCAGGAGCCUUCAUCCUGGAUACAGUAUCGGGGACCCUGGGCACAGCACGAUCAUUGGACCGGGAGGCAGAACCAUCAUUCCAGCUAGUGGUGGCAGCCAGGGACGGAGGCCAGCCUGCGCUGAGUGCCACAAUGCUGGUGACUGUGACAGUCCUGGAUGCCAAUGAUCACGCACCCAGCUUCACAGCACCAUCCUAUGCAGUGGAGGUGCCCGAGGAUGCACCCAUAGGCACCCUGUUGCUGCAGCUGGAAGCUCAUGAUCCUGAUGAUGGUGCCAAUGGACGUGUGGCCUACUAUCUGGGUGAAGGUGCAGCUGGUGCCUUCUUGCUGGAGCCUGGCUCAGGGGAACUGCGCACAGCUGUUCUGUUAGACCGUGAGCGGCAGGCACGCUACGGCUUUGUAGUACACGCCGUAGACGGAGCUGCGGCUGGGCCCCUCAGUGCCAGCGUGUCGGUCACUAUUACUGUGCGUGAUGUCAAUGACCAUGCGCCUGCCUUUCCCGCCAGCCCCCUCAGACUCCGACUACGCUCCACCCGCACGGCCCUGGGGCAGGGCUCCUCUGGCCCUCAUGUUUUAGCCACUCUGAGAGCAGAGGACCGUGAUGCCGGUGCCAAUGCCUCGAUCUUGUACCGACUGGCGGGGCCCGCACCUCCUGGUGCCUCUGUGGACUCAUACACCGGUGAGAUCCGCUUGGCACGUCCCCCUGCUGCCUUGGGCCCCCGUGACCGUGUACUCUUCAUCGUGGCCACUGACCUGGGCCGCCCAGCUCGCUCUGCCACUGGUGUGGUGGUUGUGGGGUUACAAGGGGAAACUGAACGAGGCCCUCGAUUUCCCCGGCCCAGCACUGAGGCUGCUCUGCCUGAGGAUGCCCCACCAGGGACCCUCAUUGUGUCCCCCCAGGCCACCCAUGCUGGGGGCUCCACGGGCGCCAUCACUUACAGUAUCCUCAGUGGCAAUGAACAUGAUCUUUUCUCCAUUGAACCCAGCACAGGGGCACUCUCGGUGAAGGCAGCAGGUGGACUGGACUUUGAGACCAGCCCAAGACUUCGGCUAGUUCUGCAAGCAGAGAGUGGUGGUUCCUUUGGCUUCACAGUGCUGACACUAAGCCUACAGGAUGCUAAUGACAACGCUCCACGAUUCCUGAAACCACACUAUGCAGCCUUUGUACCCGAGUCUCGACCUCUGUCUGGGCCUCUCCUGAAGGUAGAGGCAGAUGACUUAGACCAGGGCCCAGGAGGACAAGUCACUUAUAGCCUCGCUCCAUCCCAGCCCACUCGUGGGCUGUUCCAUAUAGACCCAGCUAUGGGUACUAUUACUACCACCGCCAUCUUGGACCGAGAGAUCUGGGCAGAGACUCGCCUGGUGGUGAUGGCCACAGACAGAGGCUCCCCACCCCUAGUGGGCUCAGCCACACUGACUGUGCUGGUCAUUGAUGCCAAUGACAACCGGCCGACCAUCCCCCAGCCGUGGGAGGUCCGAGUGUCAGAGGAUGCACUGCUGGGCUCAGAGAUUGCUCGGGUGACGGGGAACGAUGUGGACUCAGGACCUGCCCUGUGGUAUGUGCUGAACCCGCCUGGGACCCAGGGCCCCUUCAGUGUGGGGCGCUAUGGAGGCCGCAUCUCACUCACGGAGCCCCUUGACUUUGAGCACAUGGACUGUUAUCAGCUCCACCUGCUGGCCCGUGACGGGCAGCAUGAGGGUAGUGCCAACCUCACCGUACAGGUAGAAGAUGUCAACGACAAUGCGCCCACCUUCUCUCAAAGUCUCUAUCAGGUGACUUUGCCAGAGCACACAACCCCAGGCAGUGCAAUCCUCACCAUCUCUGCCACCGACCUUGAUUCUGGGGACAACGGCCGCAUCUCCUACCACCUAGUGUCUACUGCAGAGGGCUUUGACAUCGACCCCAGCAAUGGGACCCUGUUCAUGAUUCAGGCAGCCUCCCUGAGUCCAGGAGGUUUGGGCACAAUGGACAUGGUGCUGGAAGCACGAGAUCAUGGAGUCCCAGGAAGGAGAGCGCAGGCCAUAGUCCACAUUCAGCUUCUGGAUGAGAAUGACUACACUCCAAGCUUUGUGCAGCCCCACUACCACAUCAGCGUGGCCGAGGACUUGCCCCCAGGCUCCACGGUUUUAGUCCUAGAAGCUACAGAUGCUGACCAAAGCCGACUCCACGCCACAUUGGACUAUACUAUCAUCAGUGGCAACCGUGGACAUGCCUUCCAGCUGGAAAGGCACUUGGCGGAAGGUGGUUCUGGUCCACAGGCCCUGGGCUAUCUUGUGUUGCUGGAGCCACUGGACUUUGAGAGCGUCACCGAGUAUAACCUAACCGUAUGUGCAGCUGAUAGGGGGAAGCCUCCCCGAAGCACGACCGUCCUCGUCGUCGUCACCGUGCAAGACGUCAAUGACAAUCCCCCCGUGUUUGCCCAGCCCCAUUACCGUGUGGCUGUGCCAGAGGACACCCCCGUGGGCACCGAGCUGCUGCGUGUCGUGGCCUCUGAUCCCGAUCCUGGACCCCAUGGUCUGGUCCGCUUCACGAUCAGCUCUGGGGACCCUGCCCACCUCUUCGAGCUAGACGAAGGCUCAGGCGUCCUCCGGUUGGCCAGACAGCUGGACCGAGAGGCCCAGGCCCAGCAUCAACUGGUGGUCGAAGCAGCCGACCCCCCUGGAGCCCACUUUGCACUGGUGCCAGUGACUGUGGAAGUACAAGAUGUCAAUGAGCACGGGCCUGCCUUUCCCCUGCUUAGCCUGAGCGCCAGCUUGCCCGAGAACCAGCCCCCAGGAACCCUGGUCACCACCCUUCAUGCCCUGGACAAAGACACGGGAGCCUUUGGGCGGCUCCACUACAUGCUGCUGGAGCCGGGAUUAGGGCCGGGCCUGGGAGCCAAACACUGGGACCUGUUUGCGCUGAACGGCUCCUCGGGGGAGCUUCGGGCUCGGGUGCCUUUUGACUACGAGCACACGCGGAGCUUCCGCUUGCUUGUGGGCGCCGCAGACGCGGGGAACCUCUCGGCCUCCGUCACCCUGUCUGUGCUGGUGACCGGCGAGGACGAGUACGAUCCCGUCUUCCUGGCGCCUUCGUUCCACUUCCAGGUGCCCGAGGGUGCCCGGCGGGGCCACAGCCUAGGCCACAUCCGGGCCACAGAUGAGGACGGAGGCGCCGAUGGCGUGAUCCUGUACUCUCUUUCGGCUCCCUCCCCAUAUUUUGGGAUCAACCAGACUACGGGCGCUCUGUACCUUCGGGUGGACAGCCAGGCGCCGGGCACGGGGUCCAGCGGAGCUGGCGGAGGAGGCCGAGCGAGGCGGGAGGCACCCCGUGAGUUACAGCUGGAGGUGGUGGCUCGAGGGCCCUUGCCUGGAGCCCGAAGUGCCGCAGUACCCGUGACCGUGGACAUAACCCACACGGCUCUAGGCCUGGCACCGGACCUCAACCUGUUGCUAGUGGGAGCCGUGGCAGCCUCCCUGGGGGUGGUGGUGGUGCUGGCACUAGCGGCCUUGGUGUUGGGGCUGGUGCGGGCCCGUGCGCACAAGGGGGAGGCAGCCCCCGUGCCCACUCUUCCACCUGCCCCCCUGAGCACCAGCUCCCUGCAAAAACCGGCCCGGGAUGCCCCCAGCCCGCCACAUUCUGAACACCUUUACCACCAGACGCUCCCUGGCUAUGGGGGGCCCAGCACGGGGGGCCCCUACCCCCGCGGCGGCUCCCUGGACCCUUCCCACUCCAGCGGCCGGGGUUCUGCGGAGGCUGCUGAAGACGACGAGAUCCGGAUGAUCAAUGAGUUCCCCAGAGUGGCCAGCGUGGCUUCUUCGUUGGCCGCCCGAGGCCCCGACUCCGGCAUCCAACAGGACGCAGAUGCGGACGGUCUGAGCGACACCUCCUGCGAGCCUCCUCCCCCCGACGCCUGGUACAAGGGCCGGAAGGCCGGGCUGCUGCUUCCGGGCCCUGGUCCGGGGCUCUAUCGUGAGGAGGGCCCACCCGCCGCCAGCACUGCCGGGGCCUUCCUCGGGGGCUGUGGUCUGAGCCCGGCCCCCCCCGGAGACUAUGGCUUCCCAGCGGAUGGCAAACCCUGUGUGGCAGGGGCACUAACAGCUAUCGUGGCUGGCGAAGAGGAGCUCCGGGGCAGCUACAACUGGGACUACCUGCUGAGCUGGUGUCCCCAAUUCCAGCCAUUGGCCAGUGUCUUCACUGAGAUUGCCCGGCUCAAGGACGAGGCACGGCCUUGCCCGCCUGCACCCCGCAUUGACCCACCACCCCUCAUUACCGCUGUGGCCCACCCUGGGGCCAAGUCUGUACCCCCUAAGCCAGCUAGCUCCUCUUCAGGCCCAGGAGUCCGGGGUCCCUUCCUGCCUACCCACCGCUCCCCCAUUAGCCACGAGGGAUCCCUCUCCUCAGCUGCCAUGUCCCCCAGUUUUUCACCUUCGCUGUCACCGCUGGCUGCCCGCUCCCCUGUUGUCUCCCCUUUUGGGGUGGCACAGGGCCCCUCUGCCUCAGCCCUGAGUGCGGAGCCUGGCCUGGAGGCCCCUGAUGAAGCAGAGCUACAUAUCUAGACUGGAAAGCUCCCAGGGCCCCUGCAGAGGCAAGCGGACACAGGAUGAGCCCACGGGCCUGUCUCCUAGAAGCCUCUGCCCACUUCCAUCUCAUCCCAUCCCUAGGUUGGGGCAAAGAAUUACUCCAGGGUCCGCUGAUUCCCCCUGGUGGGGACAAUGCCUGGCUCCCCAGAGAUACCCCAUCCUAGACAACAAUGCAGUCACCAACCCUGACAGAGGGGCCCUAACAGGCCCAGCCUAGACUCCCCCAGGGCUCGGCAUAUAUAUCCUUCGGGGCCCAGGGCCCAGCCUAUAUACACCCUGCCCAUUGGCCCUAGUGUAUACAGCUCUGAGGCCCAGCAUAUACAAAGGCCCAGCCUCCAUCCCCAGGUCUCCAGGAAUCAGUAUAUGCACAUCCCAGGUCCCCCGGGCCACCUCUGUUCCCCAGACCUGGGCUUAUCAUAUCUAUCCCCCAGAGCCCAAAGUUUAUGCCAGUAUGUAAACCUUUGUGACCACCCCCUUCUCUUAGAUCUCUCCUCUUCACUCUGAAGCCCAACAUGUACACAAACUCCCCAGAUCUGUCCUCCAACUCUGUAAGAUCUGGCACCAGACCUCCUUGGCCAGGAAUCUUCCCAGGAUUCACCUGAUCACUCACCCUCUUUCCAAAGGGUCAGAUACUCCUCCCGCCUCUGCCUGGAGGCUCUUUCUACCAGAAAGCCUUCAGCAUCCCUCUCAAAAUCGGGCCUGGCUUAACGACCAUCCUCCCCCCCUUUCAGAACUGGCCCAGGGGCAACACUGGGCCUCACCUAGUAUCUCCAAAGGCCUUUCCCUUCCCUUCCUCUGCCUGGCCCUGACAUCUGCUACAACAGCUUGGUGCAGGUUUUCCCAUCCUACAAUCCUCCGCUCCCCGGAACUGAGCAGGGCAAUAUACUUCCCACAAUCUGCCUCUGACGGCCCUCUUUCCUCUAUCCCGGGUCCCGCCAGCAUCCGCACUGUCCCUCCUCUCCCCCAUCCUGCUUCUUGGAGCUCUGUGGUCUCCCUGCGCCCAGGAGAGGAAGGAGCAGGGCAGGCUGGGUCUCCUGGGGUCCGAAGUUCUCAGGCAGGUGAAAAGGAGGGCUCAGACGUGCGGGCGGGAUGGGGCGGCCUCUCCAGGGAAGAGGUACUCAGAAGGGAUCCUUUCCUGGAAGGGUCAUGGAGAGUAGGAGCGCUGCCCUCACCUUAGUCGGGGGCUGGGGGUGCAUUCCGACCUGAAAGGGGCUCAGAGAAGGAGUUCUGUCCUGGGGGCUCAGAGAGGGGAAGACUCUGCCGGGGUAAGACUGUGAGAUCUCUGCUCUGGGGGCUCAGCAGCUCCCAGAAUUCCCCCUCCCAAGGCCCCGGACCCUUAUUUAUUGGGUGGGGGGAGCUCCAGCUGCCCUCGGACCCAGAUCCAAAGUGCCAAAUACUCUCACUCCGGAGCCUUAAUAAAGAGACAUUUGUACCUGGA